GAACGACACGCCCGAUUGCUUGAUGGAUCGUCAAGUCCACGCACACGCACCCACACACACACUGAGGUGACAGACAUGCAGGGUUGCAGAAGCGAUAGCUGGACAAUAGUCUGUCUGGCUGCAACUAGCGAAAUGACUAACACCAAAGGCUGCCGCGCCGAGCAGCGAACAAAAUGCCACAGAAUGCAUCUCUAUGGCCCUACUCACUACACAUUGAGUCCAUCCAUCCAUCCAUCCGUCCACCCAUCCGGCUCUCUCCAUGAGCUAGUCUAUGGUGUAUAUCAGAAGGUAGUCGAAGAAGACGUCUCCCUCCCCACUGACCACCUUGCCGUCGCUCCCGCCGUAGUAGCAGUCGGGCGGGCUGAUUGGGUCUCCCUCAGUCCGGUAGUUGGUGAUGGUCGACAGCCACACGUGGAACAGGUUUUUGGGGAUCUUCUCGUACGGCCCGUCGGGCGCACUUGGGCCCGUCUUGGCCCUGACCUCGUGGAUGAGGUUUCCGUCGAGGUACCAGGCCGCCCGCUCUCUGUCAAACCACAAGGAGAAGAUGUGGUAGUUGUUGACCAGGCUGAGGCCCCGACCACCAGCGGUGUCUUCAUCCUGCUCCGAUGACGGCCCGCUCCUGUCUGCAUCAACUGUGGUGGUCUUCCCCUCAUCUGGUCUGUCGACGUCGAGUUGUUUGCCGAACUGCCAUCUGCUGCCGGUGAGCCGCUCGAGAGUCAGAGGCUGGUACUCACUGUCGUCUCGGCCCAUCCUCGGGCCGCCCCCCGACCAUCUGUAGACGCCGUAGUAGAAUUCGGAGCGGCCGAACGAGCCGAAGUGCUCGAAGACGUCGAACUCGCUUCUCGGCUCGUAUGACAUGGGGUGCAGGUUGUUGCCCCCGUCUGAGUAUGACGUCCAGAAGGCCUCGUGCCACCCAGGCGUCUUGGUCAUCUUGACACGUGUCUCGAAGUAACCGUACCUGCACCACACCAGAGGCCACAUCAAACACAGACAGACGGACCUCAGAGAGUCGUCUCUUUCCGACCGACUGACGAUUCGCUUACUGGUAUCUUCUUCUGGUGACGACCCCCCCACCCGAGAACCACGCGUAACACGUCUCGUUGAUCCGGUACCUCCUUCCGCUCGGCAGCGUCACCUCUUUGGCCUUCUUGUACGCAAAUGGCUUCUCGAGAUACCGCAGCCGGAUGACCAGCUUGCCCCUCUCCACGCUCACGUAGGACGGAUCGCAGAACGAGUUGCGGCCGCACAGCUGGUGCGGCUGCCGGUACAUGAAGGUGUCAAAAUCGAGGGAGCCGCCGUCAAAGCCGUCGUAGAGGGCGAACUUGAAGUGCGGCGGGAGACGCACGGCGGGGCGCGGUCUUGAGGGCAGCCAAAAGGGCGGCGAGUCGGGGACUGUUGCAUUUGGCACCCACCACCACACGGGCCGUCUUGGCCGCCCCUGGCGGUCAAGUGUAUCGCGCGCAGGCGAGAAGAUUCCUCUUGGCACAGCCAAUGGAAACUGCCUUGAAUUAGGAUAGCCGCCGCCUUGUUGCGCCACCAGGCCACUAUCUUGAGAUCUGCCGUCCUUGCUGAGGUUGAGCGGGAUGAUGAUCCAGGCGUCGGCCUCUGCUGGCGGCGGCGGGCGGUCGAUGGCGAUGAUAAAUCCCUCAGACAAGUCGGGGGCGUCGGCAAGGGAUAUGCUCUGGAUGUCGGUCACAAUCGGCUGUGCAAAGAAGAACCUCUCGGGAUCGUCAUCCUCCCGCUGCAGCCUUCGCUCGAACAAGGUGGGCCUUCCGUGCCGCUCUGACUUGGUGGCCGGAAAUAAGCCUGAUGGACCUCUCAGGUAAAUGAAGAUCAGUGCAGAGAUGAAGGUCAGUGCACAAACGGCCUCGCGGAGAUGACUCUGCGCCUGCUGCAUUGGGAUAGCACUGCCAGUGCAUGCAUGCGACCCGGUGGGCCAAACCGGGGGCGCCGGCGAGACGCGUCUCAGGUUCCGGAGAGCGCGUGUCGUCCAUCUGUGUUGUCCUGCGGCCUGAUGGAG